CACUGUGGGCGAUUUAGCACGGCCAAUCCAUCCUAACCUGCACAUCUUUGAACAGUGGGAGGAAACUGGUACUCCUUGGUGUGCUGGACAAUAUUGUAAAGGGGAGAUUAUCAUGUGGCCACUGAUCAUCCUGCCAUUUGUGGGAGCUUGCUGUGCGAAAGUCAGCUUGUGAGCUUUUAUGUCACAACAGCUUCUGUGCUUCAAAAGUGAUUGGCUAUAAAAUAUUUCGCAGUCAUGACAAAUUUUUAAAAAAUGACUCGCAAUGUUUUGCCAGUCAGUCUGGAUUCAAAUGUUUUUCCAAAAGAAGGGUAUUGGAUAAGCUGUCAAGUUGCCUCUAUCUCCUUUUGCUUGCACUUGUUGCACUUCUUUUUCUGAAAGUUUUGCAGAAAUCUGAAGGUGGCUGUUUCUUUUAAAAUUCUUUCAAACAGCUGUUUAAUAGGGAAAUCCCGUGUAGCUAUUUUACAGUUGUGUGGUUUCUCUUCAUCCCAGAGGCUAAGAUCUUCUUGUACUUUUUUCCCCACUAAUUGUGAUUCAUGGGUGAGAAGAAGGUGUGUCUGACACUGAAACACUGAUUACAAUGCACUGGUGGAGCAAUGUGAGGUGUGUGAACUGUGAUAGUGUGUGCUUGGAGAGAAACUUUGAACCCACAGCGACACAAAGCUUCUCGCCACACAAAUGCCUCUGAGGAAGAAGUUGUGGGUUUAAAUACCAAUUGUGGCGGGUAGUUUAGGCUGACAUGUCAGAAAAACAGAUUAAGGAAUUACCAUUUGAGGCAACAUAUUUCUGGUGAGACAUUAGUCAGACAUGGGGUUUCCUCGCCUCAUGUCUUGAGUUCAGACUAAUUGGAGAUUGAGCUGAAACUUAUGGUCAUCUAAAUCAUGAUUGUAUCGCAUGACUGCUAGGGCUUGUUCCCAAUCUCUGUCUGAAUCUUAUCUAGAUAAUUUAAUUGAAGUCUAUUCACAGUUUGAGCUUGUUUUCUGUAUUCAAAAAAGUUGAACUACCAGAUGAUUUGAAGUAUCUUUUUGAAGUAGGGAUGAAUAUAACUUGUUAAUUCUUGCAGUGGAUUCUGUUUGCUUGCAUUUUACCCAGAACUGUGGGAGGGGAUUUCAGCGGUCUGAGGUUUUGCUUCCUGGCUGUGUUCAAGAGGAGUUGGACGGGAGAAAAGGUGCACAAUGAGAGUUUAUAGCAGCACUCUCUAUUCGGUGUUCUUUGAGUGUGUGGUGGUUUUAAUGGAGUUCUCUGGCUGUAACGUAGAGGUGAUUGCUAUCUGUAUUACAUGCAUACACACCUUUCUGUGAGUAACAGGAAGUGAGGUGGGAGUUGGUGGAAAAGAAGAAAAAACUGGAUGAAUCAGUCAGUCAACUUGUGCUUUUAUUGUUCCCACCUCACAUCUAUGACCAGGCCAGCAUUUAUUGCCCAUCCCUCCCUGAUGGUUACUUAGCAACACUGUUCACGACCUGGAAGCAGAUUACCGCCUGCCUUUUUUUGUGUGAAAGAGAGAGAGAGACACACUGUCUGAAGCCCAGAGGAAGAAAAGAUUUCGCAAUGAAAAGCCUUCAUUUUCCCUACUUACAUCACCCAGGCCUACCACAAGGAAGCUUCUUCGCUUGCCUGUCGGUCUAAUAGUCUGCCUCCAAGGACCUUGAAUGAUGAACGAUUAACGUUAACGACCGAACUGUCCUCAGAACUGUUUCUGCUGCCCGUCGUCAUUGCUGGGCUCCUGAGAUGGUGGCAGGGCUUUGAAAGAGGCUCGUUUCCUCACCACCACGCUCCUGCCUCCGUAAGGCUGCGGUGAGAUAUUUGCCCGUUGCAUUUCUUGCUGUUGCUCUCAGGGCCGCUUUCCAGGUCGGUUCCUCGGCAUGGCGACUUUGGCGUCAUUGUCUGGCAAGGAUGCUGCGCUAGGUGCUAAACCACUGACCUAUGCCAAACCCCUGAACGAUUUGGACUUCCACUCGGGAGCUCGCAUCGAGGAGAUAACGAAGCUGAUCCAGGAGUUUGGCAAAUAUGAGAUGAGGGACUUUGAUGAUCGGCAGGCCUUGGAGGUUCAUACCGCCAAAGACUUCAUUUUUUCUAUGCUGGGCCUCGUUCAGAAGCUGGACCACAAGUUACCCGUCUCCAACGAGUACCUGCUGCUAUCCGGGGGCGUGCGGGAAGGGGUGAUCGACAUGAACCCGGACGAGCUGGGCGACUACGCCAGGGGCACGGACUACGACGUCGACUUCACGCUGCUGGUUCCGGCGCUGAAGCUCCACGACCGCAACCAGCCGGUGACGCUGGACAUGCGCCACUCGGCGCCCUGCCACUCAUGGCUCAGCCUGCGGCUCUUCGAUGAGAGGACCAUGGAGAAGUGGAAGGACUGCUGCACGGAGACGGAGCCCGGCCCGGCGGGUGCUGGCAGCUACUACUUCUCGCCCACCAAGGUGGCAGACUGGUUCUUCCGCUCGGUGCAUGCCGUCAUCGAGGAGGUGCGCCGGCACCCGCAGCGCGGGGUUCCCAGCGUGGCGGCGGUGGAGAAGAAUGGCACGGUGGUGUCCAUCAUCCUCAAUGUGGGCCGCAGCCGCAUGCUGUACGACAUCGUGCCCGUGGUGUCCUUCAAGGGCUGGCCGGCCGUCGCCCAGAACUGGCUGAUGGAGAACCACUUCUGGGACGGCAAGAUCACUGAGGAGGAGGUGAUCAGCGGCUUCUACCUAGUGCCGGCCUGCUCCUGCACCGGCACCCCGGAGAAUGAGUGGCGCCUGGCUUUCUCGCGGAGCGAGGUGCAACUGAAGAAGUGCAUCUCCGUGCCCCUGAUCCAGGCUUACCAGGCGUACAAGGCCAUGAUCGUCAAGCUGCUGUCAAGGCCUCGGGCCAUCAGUCCCUACCACCUGAGGAGCCUGAUGCUGUGGGCCUGCGACCGCCUCCCCUCCAGCUUCCUCGGGCAGGAGGAGAACACGGCGCACUUCCUCCUGGGCCUCCUCGACGACCUGGCCCACUGCCUGGUCAACAAGUCAUGCCCCAACUACUUCCUGCCGCAGUGCAACAUGUUCGAGCAGCUGUCCGACAGCGCGGUGCUGCUACUGGCCUGCCGCCUGUCGUCGGUGCGUUCGGACCCCGCCGAGCACCUGCGCAGCGCCAUCGAGCACGCCAAGGCAGCCAGCCGACUCGCCCAGGAGCUGCGGCAAUCCACGCCGGGCCUGGCCUCCUCCCAGUCGGAUGGGGUGUUGUCCGGCGCUGGCCGGCAGGAUGACAGCCUAGCCCGCAAGCUCCAGCAGCUGGUGACGGAGAACCAGGGCAAGUCUAUCUCUGUCUUCCUCAAUCCGGACGACGUCAGCAAGCCUCACUUCAGGAUCGAUGACAAGUUUUUCUGAAGGAGCGGGCCGCGGCGCUGUCUGUCCGAUGCAACUGUCUUCCCUCCUCGCCUGCCUUCAGCCCCCGCACGCUGCAUUGUGGGCUACUGGUAGUCGUGAUCUCCCCUUGCAUUGUGGGAUACUGGUAGUCGUGAUCUCCCCUUGCACUGUGGGAUACUGGAGGUCACACUUUGCAAUGGGCCUCACUGAACUGAGAGACACGUUGCUGAAGCGUCCUUCGGGACAACUGCAAGAUUGCCAAGUUUAGAAUGAUGGCAGUGACCCGAACUGCAGGAGACAAGAGUGCCAAUUGGUUGGCAAUUUGACUCUGGACUGCAGCAUUGCCGUGGAGAAAGCUAUAGACACCUCAGGCAUCUGGGUAAUUCCUUUUCUUAAAACAGAAGUAAGAUUUAAACACAUUCCUUUUUGUUUGCAACUUUUGAAACAGUGUCACUUUCAGCUAGUGCAAAUGAGCCACAGCAACGCCUCAGUCAAUCAGAGUCAACUUGCUAACCAUAUUGGGGCCCUUUUUCCCCUGUGGUGUAAAUUGUUGUGAUCAGUGCGUUUUGGCAUUCUUGUGUUUUGUCCUGAUAAGUGCAAGACAAAAAAAAACUUGGACAAUGUAUCUCUCUUCACAGCAAUUUCAGGUUCUGUUCUACAAGUGAAAUGAUUGCAAUGGAUGUUUAACAAUAGUUCUCAAGGUUACAGGUGAGCCAUUACUUACCUUUUUUUUUUAAAAAACUUUAUUCGUCUUUCCUGUUGUGAGAGGAGGGGUUUGAAAUGGCAGUUUAUAAGAGUGUCCAGCCAAUUAAUUGUUGCCUAGUCUCUCUGACUAAUGUAAAGCAACUCAAAACCAGCAUUGCUGAGUUAGAAUCCUUAGGUUACAUGUCACGUUUGUAACCUCCGUAUUUGAAUUUCCUGUGCUGUCUAUAGGACCAGAUCUCAAUGCCCGACACAAGGACUGAUAACUCGACUGUACAAUUCUUGAUCCAUUCUGUCUUUGUGGAUUCUGGACUGUCCUGUAAAAGGAAUGGUUAGUGCUGUGCACUGUUACUGGGUGCAGGCUGCUGACUGCUGAUGAGGCCUGACAACAGUGCAAUAUUGUAGUGCGUUUAAAUUGCAUUGUCCUCACUCUGGUGCGAGGCACAGCCAUUAUCAAGGGGACGGCACUGGAAGCAGCUGAUGGGUUCGGUCAGACUGAACUGCAUCCUGAAUGGAUUUGGGAUGGGUGGCUCGGAUAGUUUGUCCGGAUAGUCAUUUCUAUCAAUGAAGCCUCAACUCGUUGAUACUUUUGCUUUGCGUUCCAGUUUCAUGGAAAUUUUUAUCAUUUAUUUCGAAAGCAGUGUGAUUUCCAGCAGUAGCAACACCAGGUCUGGAUACUGAAGCCAUUGAUUUAAGUGGCCACUUGGGUGAGCACCUAUAUAUUUAGACUGUAUGGUUUUUUUCUUAAUAACUUUUGGAUCAGUUCUGAUUUCUGCUGGAAGUAUUUUUUCUAUUUGACUCUGUCUUUGUCUAUCUCUCGCUGUAUCUCUGUCUGCCCUUCCUCCUUUCUUCCCCCCUCUCUCUGUCUUCCCUCCCCCUUACUCCUCUGUCUAUUUCUUUGCCUCUGCCUGUCUGCGCCACCCUCCCUCUGACUGAGUUGCACAGAAUCUUACCAGCCCCUUAAUGCAUCUGCCCUGCUCUUGUCAGCCAAUGGGAUCGCUGUAAUUAAUCUUAGUGCCUUUUGGGUGAACAUUAACUGCAACGGGCUGUUGGAAUUGUGGAGCGAUGAGAUCAACAUUGCCAGACAGAUCUUGGAGGGGAUAUCUGCAAAGUUUAAUUUUAUUGCUGCCAUCCUGCGUACACGCAGUGUGACUGUGUUUCUCGGUUGAUUUGAUUCUAGUACGGUUGGCCUCGGGAUCCUUUGGGUAAGGGGUGCUGGGGGCAGAGGGGAGAUAGUAAGGUGGCAGGAAAGUGUUGAUCAGGGCAUCUGGAAGGAACUGAGUAUGUGAGACCAUCUCUGUUGCCCACUGCAGAUCACCAUCCCUCCCCGUGCUGCGACUUGGGGUCUAUGGUCAGCCCAACCCUAGGUUGUCCCAGCCUUGGCACGGGAUGCCCACAGAAACUGACAAGUCGCCAGUCCACUGCCUGGAGCUGUUUACCCACUUGAGUUGACCAAUGGUCAGCUGUGAUCAGGGUGGGACGUUUACUGCGUGUGACCCAAAGCUUGUGUGCUCAAACAGAUGAGGCAGGGUGUUUUUAUGUUUGCACUUGAGGCGUGAGCGCAGUCAGGGCGUACAGGAAAGGACAGGUGAAGGGGGGUAUGCAAAGUAGCUGUCCUGAGGCCUACCUCUGCUGAAAAGGGUUCUUGCCGAGGUGUGGGGUGGGGGGGUGCAGGGGGUACCAGUCGCCCCUAAGGUUGGGCAACAUGCCAUCGGUGACCCCUAAUCACUGACGGCUGGUGGUUUCCACCACACACAAGCACAUUAGUGGGUGAGCACAGGGAUCACUGAUACAGUGUGUGCUGUCAGCCAAAAUGGAUGGAGGUGGUCAGCCUGUUUAAAUGGUGACAUAGUGCCACGUCAUUGACUAUAACAUGCGCUUAGCUGCGCUGGCAUUCAAUGUGUCAUGUUUGUCCAGUUGGGCAUCAAAUAUGUACCAAGUAUCAAGCUAGUCUGCCACCUCGAUGCUGUCUCCUAGCUGCUCCAAAUGUGGGGUUGGUGGUUCGAACUUGGGUGGCGAAACUAAUGUGGUGGG